GACCUGUUGUUCAGUGUGUGUGCUCUCAAUAUCAUCUCCACCAUUGUCUGUGCUUUGGCAACAGCAAUGUGUUGCAUGCAGAUGGUUUCUUCUGAUCUUCUGCAAAUGUUUCUGCCACAGAGGCCACAUUCUGCCAAUCCUGACUGCCUGACUCCACAUGGAACCAGCCUGCACCAGACCUUGGAUUUUGAUGAGUUCAUACCACCAAUCCCACCUCCACCGUACUACCCACCAGAAUAUACCUGCACACCAGUGAUAGAGGUGCAGAGAGGUCUCCAUUUGGACUUCCCUCAUUCCCCAUUCAGUGCUCUAUAUGAAGUAACUGUUAACAGCCCGGGAAUGCUGUAUCCAGCUGAGCUGCCCCCUCCUUAUGAGACAGUGAUCAGAGAGACACCUGCCAGUCAGGUCACUGGUACUGAUCAGCAAGUAUCUGCAUCAAGCUUGGGUGAGAGGAACAUGACCCUGGACUUCAGCACACAAGUUUCUGUUGAGAGCACCUCUUUGAUGGUCUCUGGGGCUGUUGAUAUCCUAGACCGUAGCUGCUCCUCUGAAGAUCUCUGUUCACUGGAAGUUCAAGGAUCUCUCCGUUCUGCAGAUCUUUCUCCCUACUGUCCAACCCCCAAAGGGGCCACGGACCAGAGCUGCAGCACUCUGGAUGACAGCACCCGCUGCAGGUUCCACAGAACUCGCUCAGAGGGUUUGCCUGAUGAGGAUGGCAGUUCCCACAGCCAAGCCUCUACAGACAGGUCUCAAGGACAGAAAGAGAACUGUUCCCACAGCAGGUCCUUGGACUGUUCCUCAGAGGAUUUAGCCCCCUCAGGAAGAGAACUCCAGAGUUCUCGAGAGAGCAAUGCCACACUGCCUUUGAAGCAAAAUAAAAUCUGUUGUGUGGAAUUCAGCCAGCCUCCUGUCCCUUCCCAGACCUCUCCCUGUUCCGAGGCCGCAAAUACUUCAUCAUACACGAGUGGCCACAAGAGUGCUGUCCAGCAGCAUCACACUCCAAAAUACCGAUUUUCAAAUAUCGUCCGAUCAACUAGUGACCCGGUCUCAUGUUCAUUUUAUACAGAAG